AUGUCUGAUGAAUUUAAUGGUACACCAACUGAAGUUGGUACUGGUGGUGAUUCACUAACAACAGAUAUGAACAAACAAUUCAAUUUAGCUGAUAUGGCUUGGAUUGGUGUCGCUGGUGCCUUAGUCUGGAUCAUGAUUCCAGGUAUUGGUUUAUUAUAUUCUGGGUUAUCAAGAAAAAAACAUGCUUUAUCAUUACUUUGGGCCUCAAUGAUGGCUAUUUCAGUUGUCUCAUUCCAAUGGUUUUUCUGGGGUUACUCUUUAGUAUUUUCACACAAUGUUUACGGUUCAUUUUUAGGUUCUUUACAAUUUAUUGGGUUUAGAAAUGUUCUAGGUGCACCAUCAGUUGUUUCUUCUGUUCCUGAUGUUUUAUUUGCAUUUUUCCAAGGUAUGUUUGCUUGUGUUACAGGCUGUUUGAUGAUUGGUGGUGCUUGUGAAAGAGCUAGACUUGGUCCAAUGAUGUUUUUCUUAUUCAUUUGGAUUACAAUUGUUUAUUGUCCAAUUGCAUGCUGGACAUGGAAUCCUGAAGGUUGGUUAGCUUCAUUGGGUGGAUUGGAUUACGCUGGUGGUGGUCCAGUUCAUAUUGCUUCAGGUCAUGGUGCCUUAAUUUAUGCUUUAAUCUUAGGUAAAAGAAAUGACCCAGUUGCUAAGAAAGGUUUACCAAAAUAUAAACCACAUUCAAUUACUUCAGUUGUUUUAGGUACUGUCUUCCUUUGGUUUGGUUGGUUUGGUUUCAAUGCUGGAUCAGCUGGUAAUGCCUCAAUUAGAGCAUGGUAUUCUGCAGUCAGCACCAAUUUAGCAGCCGCUGUUGGUGCUUUAACUUGGAUGUUUGUUGAUUACUUCAGAUCAGGUGGUAAGUGGACCACCGUUUCAUUAUGUUCAGGUGCUAUUGCAGGUCUUGUUUGUAUUACACCAGCUGCUGGUUUCGUUCCAAUUUGGUCAGCUGUUAUCUUUGGUGUUGCAGGUGGUGUUGCUUGUAAUUUUGCAGUUGAUUUGAAAAACUUGAUUCAUAUUGAUGAUGGUUUAGAUGUUUGGGCUUUACAUGGUGUUGGUGGUUCAGUUGGUUCAGUCUUAACUGGUAUCUUUGCAGCUGAUUACGUUACUGCUUUAGAUGGUGCUACAAUUAUUGAUGGUGGUUGGAUAAACCAUAAUUAUGUCCAAGUUGGUUAUCAAUUAGCUGGUAUGUCUGCUAUUAUUGCUUGGUCAUCAAUUUGUACAGCUAUUAUCUUAUUGAUUCAAGAUAAGAUUCCAUUCUUAAAAUUAAGAUUAAAACCAGAAGAAGAAGAAUUAGGUACUGACGCUGCACAAAUUGGUGAAUUCACUUAUCAAGAAGAUGAAAUCUAUAUUCCAGAACCUGUUAGAUCUCAUACAUCACAAAAAGUUCCAGCUCAACAUGCUUUGAUUGAUGAUCAAAUCAAUACUGAUGGUACAUCAACCGGAGGUGAGGCUGAAAAAAAGAAUGAUAUCAUCGUCUAA